GUCCCGCUCCGGGCAGAGGUGGCCGCGGUGCGGGCCCGGCGGCCGCGGGGCGAUGGGGCCGCCCGAGGAGGCGCGGGCGCGGCUGGCGCGGUGCGGGCAGAGCCACCUGCUGCGCUUCUGGGCCGAGCUGGGCCCGGCUCAGCGCGGGGCGCUGCUGGCGGCGCUGCCGCCGGGCCUGGGCGAGCACUGCCGGCUGGCGGCGGCGGCCGGGGCCCGGCAGCGGGGGCCGCCGGAGCGCCUGGACGGCCGGAUGGAGCCGCUCCCCGCCUGGCUGCUGGGCAGCGCCCGCCGCAGCGGCCCCGCCGCGCUGGAGCGCUGGGAGGCGGAAGGCUUGCAUCAGAUCUCGCAGAACAAGGUGGCAGUGCUGCUCCUGGCUGGAGGACAAGGAACCCGCCUGGGCGUGAGUUAUCCCAAGGGCAUGUACAACGUGGGGCUGCCCAGCGGCAAGACCUUGUAUCAGAUCCAGGCAGAAAGAAUCCGCAAAGUGGAGCAGCUGGCUGGCCAGAGACACCACUGCAAGUGUGCCGUCCCCUGGUACAUCAUGACAAGUGAGUUCACUCUGGGGCCAACGGAGGAGUUCUUUGUAGAACACAACUACUUCAACCUGGAUCGAUCCAACGUGGUCAUGUUUGAACAGAGGAUGCUGCCCGCUGUCACCUUUGAUGGGAAGGCCAUCUUGGAGGAGAAGGGGAAAAUUGCUAUGGCUCCAGAUGGCAAUGGUGGCUUAUACCGUGCUUUGGUGGAUAAUAAGAUCUUGGAUGACAUGAAGCGGCGUGGAAUCCAGUACGUCCAUGUAUACUGUGUGGAUAAUAUCCUCGUGAAAAUGGCAGAUCCGGUCUUCAUAGGCUUCUGUGUGUCCAAAGGGGCAGAUUGCGGUGCCAAGGUGGUGGAGAAGGCGUACCCCACCGAGCCCGUGGGGGUGGUGUGCUGUGUGGACGGGCUCUACCAGGUGGUGGAAUACAGCGAGAUCAGCCUGGAGACUGCACAGCAGCGCGGCUCCGAUGGGGGACUGGUGUACAGCGCUGGCAAUAUCUGCAAUCACUUCUUCACGGUUGAGUUCCUGGAGAUGGUGGCCCAGAAAUAUGAGCCGCAGCUGAGGCAUCAUGUAGCCAUAAAGAAGGUGCCUUACAUUGACGAGGAGGGAAAUCUGGUAAAACCGCUAAAACCAAACGGGAUAAAGCUGGAGAAGUUUGUGUUUGAUGUGUUCCAGUUCUCUAAGAAUUUUGUGGCAUUUGAAGUUUUGAGAGAAGAGGAGUUCUCGCCACUAAAAAACGCAGACACAGCUGACAAGGACACUCCUACCACCGCUCGGCAAGCCCUCCUGGCCCAGCAUUACCGCUGGGCUCUCAGGGCCGGGGCCACAUUUCUGGAUGAAAAUGGUUGCAGGAUACCAGAGAAACUCAGUCUCUCAGGAACUGAAGAUCCUCCAGCUGUGUGCGAGAUUUCUCCAUUAGUGUCUUACUUUGGAGAGGGGCUGGAGGUGCACAUGAAGAACAAAGACUUCCCUUCUCCCUUUGUGCUCGAUGAAAACAAAGCGGGAAUCCUAGGAAAUUCUUGAAAAGGAGGGAGGCCUUUCCCCCCUAAAUCAGAUAUCCGUCUGUCAGAUCCUCUCUAAGAACUGACGUUACUCCAAUGUCAGCUAUGAAGUGUGUUAUAAAAAACCAAACCUGCUUUGCAAUAUGAGAUCGAUACCAAAUCCCCGCAGCAGUUGUGUUUACACACACGUGUGCUCAGCAGUUCUGGCUGGUCACUUGGAGGGCUGUGCCUUUUACCUCAAUCUGUUUUGUAGACUUGAAUGCAGAUGAAGAUUAGGACCUUCUGGGUACCAAACAGAUUUUAUAUUUCUUAAUUGCUGUGCAUAUGAAUACAUAAAAGAGCCGGUUAGGGCCUAAUAAAUUAGCUCUGCAUUCGGGAAGGUUAAAUCUCUUCAGUGCCUUGUUAGGUAUCUUGUUUGUGCUGGUGGGAUUGGGGUUUUUUUUGUUUGUAAUUUUGUGCGCACAGCUGAAGAAAUUGUUGGAUCUCUUUCUUCCCUAAUCCCGUGCUGGUUAGAAGAUGGAGUUCAGCAGUUGCAUCGUCUCUCCACAGUGCCGCGGGCAGGGGGCAGGGCUCCCGCUGCGUGUGAGCACCGCUCCGGGUUCGGACUCCACAGCACCACCGGCUAGUUUGCCUGUCCAGGCUGGCUGAUGCCAUUUAUUUUACUGUUCAUUUUUCUGUUUAAUAUAUACCGUAUUCCUCAAAGGGGACUCUCUUAAAGUACCUGAAAGUACUAAGAGGAACAAAUCCUGAUGGUAGAAUUUAUUGUUUAACCAAAACAA